AUGGUACACAUCGCCGAAAUUGAACGAAUCGUCCACGAUCUCAAGGUCGACCGAGAUACCUGGCAGGCUGUAGCGCUCAAGUACAAAGCCGCCUUCGAAGCUCAGACAUCCCGCCUACACGAGCUGCAAAAUGUGUGCUUUGCUACGCAAGCUGAGCUGGAAAACGAGCGCGCUCAACAACAGCGUCUUCAGGCCAUCACUGGCGAGCGCGAUAAUCACCGUCCUGCUACCUUCGACGGUGAUGAAGACCUUCACGUCAAUUUCACUUUUGGUACCGCUACUGUAUAUCCACCAGAAGAGACCGAGCAAACUCACCUGCGACGGCCCUCUGAAGAUUGCACCCACCCCUUGUUUAAGCGCGCUCAAGAGUGUACUGCUCAGCGUAACUACGGCACUGCCCUGGUCGAGGUUGAGCGACUCCUGAAAGGCCCGCUCAGCUACAAAGCUCGCGCCGAAGGCUUACUUUUGAAGAGCAAUAUCCUAAGAGCUUCUGGGCCCGAUGAGCUCCUCGAUGCGCUAGCUACGUGUAGCGAAGCCGUAGAGCUCUGUGACCGUCUCUCUGAGCUUCAGAACUUCUUACCACGCAUACAAUACCAGCGUGGUCUAUUGUACUAUGAGCUACGUCAACUCCACCAAGCUCGAGAAGCCUUCAGCACCGUUGGCGACGACAAAUACCUCUCCGCUAAAGCCAGGGAGUUUCGCAAGUCUUACGAUGAUGAGCUGGAUCUGCUGCGUUGUACCAAGCGUCGGUCGGGCUUUGAUGAAAACCGCACUAUGGAAGGCUUGCUCGUUCAACUGGAAGAUAAAGGCACAGAGAACAAACGCCGUCGAACAAGUGCGCAACUUAGGCAGCGCGCUGCCGCGAAAGCAAGACGAAUGUCAUUGCCUUACCGCUGGGUCGAAUCAAAGAGCGACGGACAUCAUCGAGCAUAA